GUAAAAAGAAGAAGAUGUCCAGCGAUAGGGAAGAGCAUGAACAAGCUGCACUAAAGCGAGUUAGGCGACCUGUCGAGGAUCUUCCAGGCACCUCAGAUGAUGAUGACCCUGCCUUAGAAAGCACAGCUGCAGCUGUUUACCAAAAAAGUAAAAAGAAGAAGAAGUCCAGCAAUAGGAAAGAGCAUGAACAAGCUGCACUAAAGCGAUUUAGGGGACCUGUCGAGGAUCUUCCAGGCACCUCAGAUGAUGAUGACCCUGCCUUGGAAAACACAGCUGCAGAUGAUGACCCUGCCUUGGAAAGCACAUCUGCAGCUGUUUACCAAAAAAGUAAAAAGAAGAAGUCCAGCAAUAGGAAAGAGCAUGAACAAGCUGCACUAAAGCGAGUUAGGCGACCUGUCGAGGAUCUUCCAGGCACCUCAGAUGAUGAUGACCCUGCCUUAGAAAGCACAGCUGCAGCUUUUUACCAAAAAAGUAAAAAGAAGAAGUCGUCCAGCAGUAGGGAAGAGAAUGAACAAGCUGUCGUUCCUGUAAAUCCUGCUGAAAAGAAGAAUGCCAGAAGGAAACAAAAACAGCAAUGGUCUCCAACUGAAAUCACAGCAGUAAUGAGACACUUUAAAAAACAUAUUACACAGGGAAAACUUGCUACUAAAAUUGAUUGUCAGCAGUGCAAGAAUGCUGAGCAUCCUGCAUUGGCUAAUCGGUCUUUACAAAAUAUUAGAGACUUCGUAAGAAAUAGGGGUCUGACAGAGAAGAGAAAGAGACAGGCACAAAACAUUUAGUGUUCUGAUGGUGGUAAUUUUGGUUUUAUAUGUAUGAGCAAGGUUAUACAUUGUUAAUUUUAAAGUUCAUUGCUUUGUUAAUUUUAGGUUCAUCAAAGGUAAAUGGUACCUCAAGGCAUUUUUGGUUAUUUUUUAUUUUUUUAUUUGAAAAAGUAAAGUACACAUUAAACUUUGCUACUUGUUACCAUACUUGGUGUACUGUUAUAUGUUCUUGCAUUUUAUAUAUAUAUGUAGGAAAACAAACUAUGAUUUGAAAUAAGUUUUGCCCAUUUAAAAUCAAAAUAUUUUGAUGUAUUAUUAUUUUAAUAAAUGUCAUUAAUUUGCACCAGUCGCAGUGACUUGCAGUCCCUGGAUAAGGCUUGUGUUUGCAGUUACAACAGACCUGAGAAUGUUGUUUUCACUUUGUUAAACCGUCUGUCCUCCUAGUUCACUUUUGUCCUUAUAAUACACAAUGUUUUCAGGCUUGUGUUUGUGUUAAACCAUUUGUCCUCAUAGAUCACUUUUGUCCUUAUAAUACACAAUGUUUUCAGGCUUGUGUUUGUGUUAAACCGUUUGUCCUCAUGGUUCACUU